UCUGACUAGUACAUUUUAACCUACUAAUAAUCUAUUUAUGGUUGCGUAACUUCGUUUUUGUGUAGUGCACACUAUUACUUUUGCUGGUGUAAAGAUCACGGGUUCCCUUCAACUCGGCACUUCAUUACUUGAAGUUUACCAAAGUAACCCUAUCUCUGGCUGGCCUGAGUUCCUCCUUCGUCCGCGGAAUGUCUUGUCCAAGCUGCUCUUCGCCUGGCUGUCAGUGGCAGCUCAACAAUCCCCAACCCGAUCUCUCUAUCGCCCUCAACACCCAAUCUACUCACACGCGCAAAUACUCACAUUUAGACUCAUACAUACACGCUGUCCCUCUCUCCCCUUACCUUCGUUGGCCUCUUUAAUUUUUUUGUCAGAGAAAAUGACAAUUUCCGUGGUAUUGCUUUGUGCACUGACUUAACUGAACUCUGGAGAAAACGAACAUUGUCGCAGGAUCUCGUACAGUGGAAACACUUGAGCCUCUGCGUCAUCCGCGUCAGCAAUAACUCAUCACUCCUACUCCAGGUAGUUCCUCGUCAUGUGAGGACGAAGGCGGACACAAACAGUUGGUUUCAGAAGGGAUCCCACAGCCUUCCUUGCCGUAAACCAAAACGAAGGGUGCGGUACUAUGCAGGAAAGGAAGCACCAGGGCUCCAAAGAAGGGAGAAGGAGUUGCUUCACCAGCCUGAUACUCCUGUGCUAAUUCACUACUUUGGUGAGGAGGCACACUCCAAUGUCCCCCACGCCAACAGCAACAAGCAACGGAUUUCAUCCGAUCAGCUACCUCAAAUUAUAGAUGAAAUGUCCCGGCGAAAGACAAACACCUGGCAAAGUACACUCGGACAUGACCAAUAACCCACCACCAUCCCCAAAUGCAUCAUUCAUGCCAGUUUACCAACCUUGCAAUUUGGCACAAGUCAAGAACACAAUUCGUCAAGCAAGGGAUGUCACUGUUUUGGACCGGGACGAGUUGGUGGCAACACAUAUGAUGGGUGACAUUCUCCCCCGGAUUUGUCACCCAUAUGGAGACUCAACCCGCCGCAACCCUUCUGGUAGUGGCAGUACCAGAAAUGGUUGAAGAGGCCAAGGCAGUUAUUAUAAGCAAACACCAAGGAGCACACAUUUUUCACAAUGACACCACGUUUGACCUCGGCAAUUUUAUGUUUCACCCCUUGUUUUCCGUCAUGUAACAUUUCAAGAGGCACCUGUCCUUCCCCUGUCAUUCCUCAUUCACACCACAUGGAAAACCACAAACAGUUCUUUCGCACCAUCCUUUCACUCCUUCCCCAACUAUCAACUUCAAUCUUCUGCACAGACCAUGAGGCGGCUAUUGAGGGAGCAAUCCAGUCUGUGCUGCCGCAAGCCAGGAUUGUCAAUUGCUGGAACCGCAUCUCGAACAAUGUGAAGCAGAAGAUGGGGUCAGAGGGUGCCGAAGGUGUGGCCGAUUACCAGCAGGCCAUCAAAGAGCUCUUGGCCACGAAAUCAAGGAGUGACUACGAAUGUACACUGGAGAGUGUGCCUCCUGGAGCCCUGAUUUCGAGGCUUAUUUCCAUCAGUCACUCUCUGAUGCCAUGGACAAGGGUGCACAAUGUGUGCUCAACAGCUUGGGCAUCCAGUCAGAUGGAAUUACCAACAACUCCUCAGAUUCAAUGCUGUCCUCAAGGCAUUGGUUGGAUGGAAGGUCAGAGUAGAUAAACCAAUUUAUCUACUCUACCAACUCCAAACCAAUGCCUUGAGGGAGGUGCUGCGUGGCUACUAUAACCUAGGGAAUUUCCACCUGACCCCAGAGUGCCAUGAGCAAUUUUCCAGGUGAAUGCCCACCACCAGUUUCCCCUACCACAUGUCAGAGGAAGACAUGGUGUUUUUGCUGAAGGCAUCCAGUCCUGUGUGGCACAAGAGGUUGUCAUGGCAGAAACUGGAGCGGAGGCCUUAGCCAGGAUGAUUUUGGCAAAAGGACGUAUCUUCCUGGUGCCAAGCACCAAAUCAUUCCUCUACCAGGGCUUCUCAGACAAGCAGCAUGUCGUUACUCUGUUGCCAAUGGAGACAUGCUCCUGCUCUGCAUCUGACAGUGCCCAGAGUUGUGUCCGCCGACUGGCAGCUGUACUGGGCAUUGGCAGAAGUGUGGACAGUCCUAUGCCAAUAAAGCUGAGGACAAGGCAUCUGGCCGCAAAACGCUCUGGCCAUAAGUGUGCCGCCAAGGAGCAUGUCCAGACAGGAGCCAAACACCAGGAAGAACAAUCAACCGUUCAUCAACAGGGUGACCUGUCUCUGUCUGACAAACACCCCAGCAGGGAUGACGAAUUGGAGAGUAGAGUAAUUGACUUCUACCUCCAACUGAAGAGGAUUGACCUUCAAGUGGAGGGGGAUGUUUUUAUUGUGGAUCACUUUGUGGCAGGGAUGAUCCUGCAUGGGGAUAAGGUGGUGAUGCGCAAGAACACCUUGUCAAAGUAUGUCAAUUGCAGGACCCACUCUGCCAUUGUCCUGGACCCUACUGGUUCCCCUAACGCGGAGAGCCAUAUGAGUGAGAACCUGGUGAAGCACAUCAGAUGGAGUGUUCCAGUUGAUCCUACACCUCCUGUGCUGGGGUAUCCGUCACCAUUUAAAAUCAACACAUGGAUAAUCCUGCCUUACGAUGGAUAUGCCCACCCUGCCACAAUUGAAUACCUGCACACCAAGGCUACUAUUGGGUUGAUACUGUGUCAAAUUGAUAUAAUGUCCAGAGGUGUAAAUGAUUUACAGGGUAUAUUUUAGGGCUGUCCCAACGGGAAAAAAUCUUGGUCAACUUGGUCUUCCUGUUUCCACCAAUCGAUUGGUCUAAAUGUUUAAAUGUAUUUUUCCAUAUAGACAGACACGCCCUAUGUGUUUGAAGGAACCCACUACAUAUGAGCUUGUCUGAUGCUGAAGCACACUGUUGGAUUCAUUUAUUUUUCUGUUGCAUGAGGCUUGACGCUCAUGGAAUCAGUAAGCUAUUAAACACUCAAACAGCCAAUAGAAGCAUGAACGGUUUUAUUUCUGUAGAUGUAUAGAUUGAUAAAGCCAGGGUAUUCUGCCCUUGAGUUGCGUUCCCAUGCAAAACUAGACAUAGCUAAGAACUAAGUCUUCAAUAAAACUCCCAAGGCGUGACUUUUCUUGAAUGAAUAUAUUGAAAAUGUUUGUUGUAAAACUGCAAAAUACAGAAAAUAAUGGACUUUAGUAUUCAAUUCACACCAACAUACUGUAGCUGUACAUUAUACAUUUUGAAGUUGCAUAAAUACAAGGCACCAUGCAUCUGGCAUGAUGACAAACCAUAUAGCUAAUUGUUACUCAUAUGGUAAUUGACUAACUCCUUUCAUUACUCGAAUAAUGUACAACCAUCUAUGUAGAAUAACAAAGCAUAUUACACUAGAAAAAGUAACAAAACUACAGUAUUGUAUAUUUUACAAUUCGUUUGCAUGACGCACGAGCAAAGUAAUACAGCGGCAUACAUGAAAGGCAUUGCAAUUUGUGUGAGUAAAUGCAACCAACAUUGAUAUGUAAGCAACUAUAUCAAUAACAAGAUUAUCAUCACUAGCUAUAUGCUUGAAUCGAACUUACAAACAAAUAUUUUCCAAGGCUGAAGCGUGACAAGAAAUAACUAAACUGAAAGACCUGCACCGUAGCGUUGUUUUUAGCUGCUUCAAUGCGUGCAGAACGAAUUAUCUACUUCCUGUUUGCGUACAGUCUAAGUACCAGAAAGCUCCACUAGGGGGCAAAUAACACCAUGGAACACAUUGAAAAUCCAUUUGAACCAUUGUAAUAAAAAUAAUCUGUUACCUUCUAACAGGAUGGCAGCACACUCCCCACCUGGUAUAAUGAAAUUGUGCCACUAUGAAAUAAAACAUAUCAACAAACAAUGUCCUUUCUAUUUUUUUAUCUUUUGUCUCUAGGAUGCUUCAGAAAGAAGAACAACAAUCUCUGAGAUUGGUCUCAGAAACACUUUAGCAGCUCCUUGCGUGACAAUUUUUAGUUCCACUUUCCUAACCUUUUUGUCAGUACUGGGAAAGGUUUUGACCACAAGCCCAACUGGCCAGUCAUUUCUGUGUGCCUGACUGUCUUUCCAUAAGACAACAUCUCCCACUUUUACAUUUGGCUUUUCUGCUGUCCAUUUUCUGCGUCUCUGCAGCGUUGUCAGGUACUCCUGUCUCCACCUUUUUCCAAAAGGUGUCAGCGAGACACUGGACUUGCUUCCACUGUUUUCCAUGAAGGUCGUUCAUGCUGAAGUAUCCAGAAGGGGCUGAGGUAGCGCUGGUCUUUUGUGUCAGUAACAUUGAGGGUGUGAGAAUGGCAGGCAUGUCCGGGUCGGUUGACACUGACACUAGGGGUCUCGCAUUGAUUAUUGCCAUAACUUCAGACAUAAGAGUGCUCAAGACCUCAUGUGUGAGACGAGUGGAACCCAUCUGAAACAGCAUAGCAUCAACGAUACGUCUGGCAACCCCAAUGAGUCUCUCCCAAGAACCACCCAUAUGAGACGAGUGUGGAGGAUUAAAUAUCCAAGUACAUACCUUAUCUGAGAGGUAUUUAGUCAGUCAUUUGUGUCGAUACCCAGUUCCCUGCAGGCACCUAUAAAGUUUGUACCUCGAUCAGAGCGUAGCACUUUUGCUGGACCAUGGAUAGAGAAAAAAAACGCCUCAGCGCGUUGAUGAAGCUGGAUGUGGACAUGGAUUCGAUGAGCUCGAUAUGGACUGCUCUAGUAGACAUACAUGUAAAGAGCACCGCCCAGCGCUUGGAGUCUGCCCUACCACCUCUAGUGCGACGAGUUAUGACAUUCCAUGGUCCAAACACAUCAAGUCCAACGCUGGUGAAUUGUGGUUCAGAUGAGUCUGUCUGCAGGCAAAUCAGCCAUCUGUUGGUCAACUAACCUUCCUCUAACCUUGCGGCAGGUGACACACUUGUGAAUGAUACCAGAGACCAGACGUUUUCUCCCAAUAAUCCAGAAGCCUGCUGCUCGAUUAACUCCAUCUGAAAAAUGACGGCCCUGGUGAGCCACUUGCUCGUGAUAAUGUCUUACCAGCAGGGUGGCGACAUGAUGUGUCCGUGGGAUGAUGAGAGGAUGUUUUUCGUCUUGUGACAUGUCGGCGGAGGAUAUGGCUACUGUAGAGGCAUCCGAGAAGAUGUGUAGCUCUUCUUUGAGUGGUAGACAAGGAGACUGAGAAGUAGGUCCGCUGAAUAUACAUAUGUUCCAACUCCAUCAAAGAUGCCUCCCACCCUCAGCAACCCAUUCUCAUCAAUCACUGGGUUCAGCUUUUUGAGUGUACUUUGUUUAGGGAACUCUUCCUUUUUCAAGGCAUUUGAAUUCCUCUCUGAAAGAUUCAUGUUGCACACAGUGAAUGAUUGCUGUUUUGGCUUGUGACAACUCACUUGUACCGCAUGGUUUAUUACAGUCAGGCCAGCCUCUGCAACUGGUGUUGUCCGCACCUUCAUGGAAGGAUCUGGCAACAUGAAUGAGUCGUGCUGUGGUUCGAUUGAGAGCUUUCCAGCUUGAGAACCUCUCAAAGCGAUGAGAGCAGAGUUGAGCUCCAGAAACCUUAGAGGCGAAGACAGUGACGUCUGGUCGAAUCUCUGCGUCUGCGUGAGGCUCUACAAGGUCAAGAUUUAUGUUCUCAGGCUCACUUGAGUUUGUUUAGGUCAGGAAAGGUGGACCUGAGAACCAACUGGUGUACUUUAAGAGCGCAGCAAGUAUAGGCCUGGUUGCAUGGUCUGCUGGAUUGCUGUCAGUGUUUACAUAACACCACUGAUCUGGAUGGGUAGACUUCCUGAUGCGAGUUACCCUAUUGGCACCAUACACACCAUACACCGAGAACUAUCUUACUGUCUGUGUAGAACUUGGCUGCAUUUACAUCAAUGUUAAUUUCAUCUCUGAUCAGUUCAUACAUCUCAACAGCUAGCAAAGCCACACACAGUUCUAGGCGUGGGAUAGUGUGGGCCGGACGAGGGGCCAAUUUUGAUUUCCCCAUGACAAAUCCAACAUGGCAUUGACCUUCCGAGUCAAUAACUCUCAGGUAGGCUACCGCUCCUAUGGCUACUGUAGAGGCAUCCGAGAAGAUGUGUAGCUCUCUUCUUUGAGUGGUAGACGAGGAGACUGGGAAGUAGGUCCGCUGAAUAUACAUAUGUUCCAACUCCAUCAAAGAUGCCUUCCACAUUUUCCAUUCCUCUUCUAUUUCUGGGGGAAGAGGGGCAUCCCACUCACUCUGAUCAGAAGAGAGUUAUCUGAUUAAGGCUUUACCUUGCAUUGUUAUUGGAGCCACGAACCCAAGGGGGUCAAAGACUAUUCACUAUGGACAGGAUGCAUCGCCGCGUAAAAGGCUUCUCAUUGUGGGACACCUGGAAUGAGAAGCUGUCUGUUUCCAGGUUCCAGGAAAGUCCCAGACUCCGUUGAAAGGGGAGAGGAUCCACUCCGAGGUCCAGAUCUUUUAAGUCUUUUGCACGGUCCUCCAUAGGGAAGGCUUCCAUAACUGUUUUGCUAUUGGAUGCAAUCUUGUGUAGUUUCAUGUUGGACUCCGCCAACAUUGCUUGUGUUUUUCUUAGAAUGUUGAUAGCUUCUUCUGUAGUAGCUACUGUCAGCCCAUCGACCUAGAAGUUCUUCACUACAUAUUGCUUGGGUUCUGAUCCGUGUUCCUUUUCACCCUGUAGCGCUGCUCGUCUCAUGCAGUAGAUGGCUACGGCUGGUGAAGGGCUGUUCCCAAAUACAUGUACUUUCAUCCUGUACUCAGUUAUGUUUCUAUCUGGAUUGUUGUCUUCAUACCAGAGAAACCUUAAGUAAUCUCUGUGAUCCUCACGUACACCAAAACAGUAAAACAUUUGUUGCACAUCUGCUGUUAGUGCAAUACAAUCUUUGCGGAAGCGCAUUAGGACACCCAAUAGUGUGUUUAAGUCUGGACCACUGAGCAGGACGUCGGUAAGUGACACGCCUUGACACUUCGCACUGGAGUCAAAUACUACUCUUAAUUGUUUCAGGCUUUUGUGGAUGGUAAACACCAAAUAUGGGCAGAUGCCAACGUUCUUUGUCUCCCUCUAGUGGCGGUGAAGGUUCGGCUUGGUCGUUAUCCAGCAUAUUUUGCAUGAAGUCAAUAAAAUGACGCUUCAUGUCAGGCUUUUUGUCUAAAGUCCUGCGAAGUGAUGUGAGACGGUUUAUGGCCUGCUCCCUGUUAUUAGGAAGGCGACGUCGAGUGGGGCGAAAGGGUAGUGGAGCCACCCAGUUGUUUCCAUCAUCCUGGAAAACCUGCUUGUCCAUAAUGUCCAAAAAGGCAUCCUGACCGGUUGCAUCCACUCCUGGUAUGGCAACUGCUUGGCAUCUGACCGUGAGGCGCUACUGAGGGUGUAUCAUCGGACGGGGUCACAGUGUCUCCCGACCACUCCUGUCUCAGCCCCCGGUAUUUACAUUGCAGUCGUUUGUGUAGGGGAGUUAGGUUCAGGAUGUUAUACCUGGAGUAUUUAUUCUGUCUAAUCCGGUUUCCCGUGUGAAUUUAACUUCUCUGCGCUACGGAUCCCUUUAGCGGGAUCAUUUUCCUAAACAACCGCUGAAUUGCAGGGCGCAAAAUAUUACAAAAAAUAUUUAUAAUCAUGCAGUCACAAGUGAAAUACACCAAAACACAGCUUAGCUUGUUGUUAAUCCACCUAUCAUGUCAGAUUUUGAAAAUAUGCUUUGCAGCGAAAGCAAUCGAAGCUUUUGUGAGUGUAUCAAUCAAUGCUAGAACAGCUAUCCCCAAAUUAGCAUGGUCAGAAAAGCAAUAAAAUGAAUUGCUUACCUUUGAUUAAUCUUCAGAUGUUUGUAAUCACGAGACUCCCAGUUAAACAAAUGUUCUUUUUGUUCGAUAAAUAUUACUUUUAUAACAAAAAAACGCCAUUUGGGUUGCGCGUUAUGUUCAGAAAACCAAAGCCUCGUUCCAUUCAACGAAAAUUCCAAAAAGUAUCCGUAAUGUUCGUAGAAACAUGUCAAAUGUUUUUAAUAAUCAAGCCUCAGGUUGUUUUUAACAAACAUAAUCGAUAAUAUUUCAACCGGACCCUAACCUAUUCAAUAAAAGAGAGAAAGAAAAUGGAGAGCUACCCCUCUCGCGCGCAUGAACUAAUCAAAGGACAUCUGACUACUUUUGAAAAAUCUCGCUCAUUUUUCAAAAUAAACACCUGAAACUGUCUAAAGCCUAGUCACAGCCUGAGGAAGCCAUUGGAAAAUGAAUGUGGUUGAUACCCAUUUAAAUAGAAGAAAGACGGGCGAGGAAACACAGAUAAAUAAAUAAAAAAUACUUCCAGGUUAGAUUUCCUCAGGUUUUUGCCUGCAGAAUCAGUUUUGUUAUACUCACAGACAAUAUUUUGACAGUUUUGGAAACUUUGGAGUGUCUUCUAUCCUAAUCUGUAAAAUUAUAUGCCUAUUCUACGAUCUGGACCUGAGAAAUAGUCUGUUUACCUUGGGAACAUUAUUUUAAAAAAAUUAUAAUAAUAAUCUGACCCCUAGCGUCAAGAGGUUAUUAAGUAUGCUCCCUCUAAUUCUCUCUCUCUCUGCCUCUCCCUUCUAUCCCGGAGGACCUGAGCCCUGGGACCAUGCCCCAGGACUACCUGGCCACUUUGACUCCUUGCUGUCCCCAGUCCACCUGGUCGUGCUGCUGCUCCAGUUUCAACUGUUCUGUCUGCGGCUAUGGAACCCUGACCUGUUCACCGGACGUGCUACCUCUUCCCGGACCUGACAUUUACUCCUGAGGUGCUGACCUGUUGCACCCUCUAGAACCACUGUGAUUAUUAUUAUUUGAGCCUGCUGGUGAUCUAUGAACAUUUGGCCAUUUACUGUUAUAAUCUCCAUCCGGCACAGCCAGAAGAGGACUGUCCACCCCUCAGAGCCUGGUUCCUCUCUAGGUUUCUUCCUAGGUUCCUGCCUUUUCUAGGGAGUUUUUCCUAGCCACCGUGCAUCUGCAUUGCUUUCUGUUUUGGGGUUUUAGGCUGGGUUUCUGUAUAGCACUGUGUCAUCGGCUGAUUUUGAAAGGGCUUUAUGAAUAAAAUUUGAUUGUGUA